AUUUAUCUACUUCCUUCCACAGAUCUACUUCAGAAAUCUCUGCCCUUUGCGUUUUUCUUUGUCGCUUCAAUGAUUUGUUCUUCUUCCUCGUGUUAUCGUAAUUGCUUCGUUGUUCUUUGAUUGCUUGGAGCCCUACUUAAUCACCGUCUGCCAAUCGGCACACCUUAUUCCUGGAAAAGCAGCAGUGGUUAAAAUAUGAGGGGGUUCAGGCUGAGUCAUAGUAGAGAUACUGCCAAUUUAGUUGCUGAUGAUGGAAGUUUUAGGAUUGAUGAUGAUAUAUGUCAACUCACCAGGCUCCAAACAGAGCCCUUCAUCAGUAACCGAAAGUCUAUAAGGAACCACUGGAAAGUUCCUGUCUCCACUACUUCAAUGUUAUUGGCAAGAGAAGCUAAUCACUUUGGCAGAGGAAGGUUCUCUUUAGCCGAUCGUUCACAUGUUCUUGGUCGGUACCUUCCUAUGGACUCACCCAGUCACACAGAAAGGAUGUACAGUGAAGCAUACACAUCGCAAUUCUCUAUUGAUGGUUCACUUUUCAUUGUUGGCCUUAAGGGAAGCCUUAUCAAGAUAUACAAUGUUGAAAAAGGAUGGAAAGUACAGAAAGACAUCAAUGCUCGGAGUCUGCGGUGGACAAUCACUGAUACAGCUCUCUCACCUGACCAACGGCAACUUGUCUAUUCCAGUCUGACACCAAUUGUUCAUUUGGUCAAUGUGUGGUCGGCUACAACAGACUCACAAGCAAAUAUUACAGAGAUUCAUGAAGCUUUGGACUUUUCUGGUGGUGAUGGAGAAAUCUUCAAUACAUAUUCAAUAAAAUUUUCAACUGAUGGCCGAGAGCUUGUUGCUGGAAGCAGCACCAACUCGAUCUAUGUAUAUGAUCUGGAAGCAAACAAGUUAUCAUGGCGCCUUCGAGCUCAUUCGGAUGAUGUGAAUACAGUCUCAUUUGCUGAUAGGACAGGCCAGAUCCUAUUCUCUGGUAGUGAUGAUAAUCUCUGCAAGGUUUGGGACAGACGAUGUUUUGCAGCAACAGAAAAACCAGCAGGUGUCCUAGAAGGUCAUCUAGAAGGCAUUACAUUUAUUGAUAGCCGUGGGGAUGGUCAUUACCUAAUAUCAAAUGGUAAAGAUCAAACUACAAAACUUUGGGACAUCCGGAAAAUGUCAUCCACUACGAAGUUAUCAACUCGGAAAACUGGUUUCGAUUAUAGAUGGAUGGAAUACCCAGAGCAAGAUAGGAAAUUGAAGCACCCAUAUGAUCAGUCUGUGGCUACAUAUAGAGGGCAUUCAGUCCUUGGCACUCUAAUUCGAUGUUACUUCUCCCCUGCCCACAGCACUGGUCAGAGGUACAUCUAUACCGGAUCUUUUGACAAUCAUGUUUACAUUUAUGAUGUGGUGAAUGGACAAACUGUGGCAAGACUUGAAUGGCACUCUGAGAUCAUAAGAGAUUGUAGCUGGCACCCCUACUUCCCUAUGCUCAUGAGUUCUUCCUUGGACUGUUUUAUCGCCAGGUGGGAGUUCCCUGGCAAUUCCCCAUCUCCGCAGUUGGCCAAGAAGAGACACCGGAGGAGACAUGCUGCUUGAAGCCUAGAAUAUUUUCACCAUUAUGCUUUAGCUAAAAUCUGCAAGUAUACUUGUAAAUAUUUUUUCCUAAACAUGUUUUAUUCUGUGAAAAUUGGGAUGAUAUAAGGGAAGUUUUCAACCUGCCCUUAGGUUUCUAUGAAGAUUUCAUGAUUGUCAAUGCCUCCUAAGAUUUCGAAUGUGUGCUCACUGUCUCUGUUAGGUUCUAGCACAGAGGUAGAGGUAUAUGGUCAUUCCAGAUUUGAUGAUAUCUGAUCUGGUUAAUCAGUUUUUUCCUAAUGUAUAUAGACCAGCAAAUAAAGUUAAAUUUUUAUCAUUUUAAACAA